CGAAUGGUUUCACCAUACGAAGUAAAUGUUUUAGAAAACUGCAUAUUCAAAUGUAUGCACAGUAUUAUUGUUGUUUGAUAUAACAAGAUAUUCAUAUAACCAGAUUUUUUCUUUUGAUUUAAAAAGAUGAGUGACGAUAGUGAUAACUUUGAAUACGUAGAAGACGAGAUAGAUGAUAAAACUCAUGAUAAGCUAGUGGACAACGUUUUAAAGUUAAAUAAGAUUCAGCAUGUGAAAAGUGCACAUAGAACAGAACCUGCAACUCAAGUGUCUGAAUUUAAUCUAGUAAAAUCCCUUAGUUCGAAUAAAAAUUUAGUGCAUGUGAAUGAAUUAACGAGCGUUUUGAAGGGAAGGAAGUCUCUUCAGCUCUCCAAUAAAGUAAAAUCUACAAGUAAUAUUAGCAAAACAUUGCCCAAACCUCUAGAAAAACCACAAGCUGAACGUAUUAAACGAGGUUUAAAUUAUGAGAAAGUGAAAUUAAAAUUGGAUAGAUGGGAAGCUCUCGUUCAGGCUAAUAGAUCAGCUGCGCAAUUAUCAUUCCCUUUAGAUAGUAAUGAGAAAGUAAAGAUCAUUGAGAAAAAGGCUAAAUCUUACCCAUUGUCUUUCAGGGUGAAAUCUGAGCUUCAGAAAAAUUUGGAAAAUAUAGAUUCACAAAUAGAAGAGUAUCACAUAGAUACAGGAGAAAAUAAAGAAGAUGAAGACUAUCCACUUACACUAGAAGAAUUGAAAGAAAAGAGAAAAGAACUAGCCAAACUUCGUGCACACCAGAGUUUUAAAGAAGCAAAAGCUAGACGCCAAAAUAAAAUUAAAAGUAAAAAGUAUCAUAGAAUAUUAAGAAAAGAAAGGAUAAAACAACAGCUUAAAGAAUUUGAACAAUUACAAAAGGUAAAUCCUGAAGAAGCUUUAAAGAAGUUAGAAGAUAUUGAAAAGGCAAGGGCAGAGGAGAGGUUUAGUUUAAGGCACAAAGGAACUGGCCAGUGGGCUCGAAAUAAGCAAGUUAGAGCAAAAUAUGAUAAAGAGAGUCGACAAGAAUUGGCUACACAGCUUGCCCUUAGUAGGGAACUUACGCAAAAACUGAAAUCAGUUAACAGUGAUUCUGAAGAUGAAGGUGCAGUUGAAGAUGAAAUCUCCCAAACAAAUCAAAAAGUAGAUGAAACUAACCCAUGGGUUAAUGGAAUAAAACCAACAAAAGAGGUUGCUGAUUUUGUUAGUGGUUACAGAAAAUACUGGAAUGAAGUUAAUAAAAUCAGUAAUAAAAAUGAGGAAGAAGAAGGAAAUAAACCAGAACAAACAUUGAUCAAUCCAGAUACUAAUGAAAGUGAUAUCAUCAAAAAUAAUAAUAAAAUUGUCCAAGAAAAAAAUGAACGCAUUAAAAAAGUCAAAAAUAAGGAGAAAAAAAAGAUCAAAACAAAUGAAGUAAUUUCUAGCAUUUCCCUACUGAAAAACGAAAAAGGGAAAAGUAAAAAGAAAGAAAAAAUAACGAAAGAAAAUAAAACGAAAGAAAAAACAAAUAUGAAAGAAAACAAGAAGAAAAAAUCAUUAGAUAUGUCGGAAUGGGAAGUUAGUUUUAAUAAAUCUGGAAAUGAUGACAUUGAAGAUAUGUUUGAUUCCUUAGAAGGCAAGAUUAACAAAAACAUUAGUCAAAAAAUUACUAAAAUUAAAAAACAGACCGACACAAAGUCACCAAAGCAAAAGAAAACAAAACUCUCUACCAAGAAAAAGAAAUUUGAUUUAUCUCUUCCUGCGCAAAAGAAGAAACAAAGUUUAGAUGAAAGGAUGAUGGAAGAGACAGCUGACUUAGAUGAAAAUGAUACCAGAACAGAAAAUACUAACAUAAAUGCUCUAAAAAAGAUUAUUGAUUCAAUACCAAGUGCCGAAGAAGAGCCUGUAAAUAUAAAUCCUGAUAAAUUUAUCAAAGUGAAAACAACCCAUUUGAAUACUGCUAUACCAGAUAUCGCAACGACAGAUGAAAACGAAGAACCUGUUAAUCAAAGAGAUCUCGUCAUAGAAGCAUUUGAAGAUGAUGACAUAGUAGCAGAUUUUGAAAAAGAGAAGGCAGCAGAAAUAGAAAAAGACACUCCUAAAGAUAUUGAUCUUAAUCUACCUGGUUGGGGCAGUUGGGCAGGUGUUAAUAUUGACUCUAGCAAAAGAAAACGGAAGAGGUUUAUAAUUAAAAUGCCUAAGAAAUUUCCUAGAAGAGACGAUAAUAAAGGCUCCUUAAUUAUAAAUGAAGACGCUCAGUCAAAGAUUACUCCUUUGUUGGUAUCUGAAGUACCGUUUCCAUUCAAAUCUGUUAAAGAGUAUGAAGCUAGCAUUAGAGCUCCAAUUGGAAACACUUUUGUGCCAGAAAGAGCUUUUAGAAAGUUCAUUGAACCUUCUGUGGUUACUAAGAUGGGAUCAAUUAUUAAACCCAUUGAUAAUGGUAUACUCAUGGGUGUUAAAAAGAUUUAAAUAAAUUAUUAUUGUAUAUAAUAUUAAGACAAAUAUACUUUAUUUUAAAUU